AUGACCUUCACCGUCCUCGUCUUCGGCCACCGUCUCCCCGGCGUCUCCCCGGCCCAAUUCAAAGAGCGCUACGAUGAGCAUAUGUCCCUUAUACAGAAAAUAACAGGCGCAUAUUUCCCCCUGUCGCACACACGACGAUACAUUCAGCGCGCCGAUGGGUAUAACGCUAAGGUGAUCGUGGGAUCACAGGAAGAUUUUGAUUUCGAUGUAAUAGCCGAAAUGGUAUUUGAAAACGAGGGGAUAUUUAAAGCGUUUUAUGAGAUAGUGAGCAAGGAGGAUAAUGCGAAAAUUGUUGACGAAGAUGAGAAGAAGUUCUUUGAUAGGAAGCGAGUGAGGGUCGUGGUGCUAGGAGAGACAGAAGUUACGGAGCGAAGAGUCUAA